UGGAGGAUCUCCAGCAAUCAGCGAGCGCUUUAUGUGUCAGGUUUCCGGUGUGAUCAAGAUGGCGUUAAGGGAGCUGAGCUCGUUGGAGAGAUUUCUAGGAUUAAAAAAGCCAAAUAAAUACAGUUCGCAAGGAGGGAAAAAGGUCCCUGUUCUCCAAAACAACAAUGGACCAGCAUUGAUUGGUCUGGUCACUAUAGCGUCCCAUCUGGUCCGUGAGGCUAAGAGACCUGAGCUGCUAGGAGACAGCGCUGAACGGAGAGCUGUGGUCCAGCAAUGGCUCGAAUACCGAGUAACACGACUAGAUAACUGUUCUAAAGAAGAAGUCAAAGUUAUUUUGAAGGAUCUUAACCAGUACCUUGAGGACAAAGUUUACCUGGCUGGGAACGUCUUCACCCUGGCAGACAUCCUCAUGUAUUACGGCAUUCACCACAUUGUUGUGGAAUUGGCUGUACAGGAGAAAGAGCGAUAUCUGAAUAUCACCAGGUGGUUUGAUCAUAUCCAGCACUAUCCAGGCGUACGACACCAUUUACCUCCUGUGGUGGUUUUGAGGAACAGAGUUUACCCAAGUGGUCACUACUGAACGCCUUGAUAACUAGUUGUGAUUGUCAAAUAAUCCUGAACUUAUGGUCACAAUAUGCGUCACACCCCUAAUGUUAACCCAAACAGUCAGAAUACAUAAAGCAGGUCUUGCCUUUUUUUUUUGUUUUGUGUGAGCAAGUUCGUGUCCAUUAGUAGUGCUAUUUUUGUGUGUUUAGAAUGAGUGUAGUUUGUGAAAGGUUUAUUCAAAUUAUGUGGAUUAGAGUACCUCAGAAUCAACAAUGAGAAUAGUGGCUGUGGUUAAAUAAAACUUUUGCUAAUGAAAAGGCAGUUCAUUUAAAUAAUAACCUGAAUACAAAACAAGUAAAUCUAUUAAUAUCUCUUUCACAUAAGGUAGUCAUUAAUUAAGAUAACGGAUAUCCCUCAUUUCAAGCCACAUAUCGUUCCUCAUUUGGCAUUUUCUUCUGCCGUUCGCCUCUUCCUCUAGUCUUGGCGCUGGUGUGGGCAGUA